AUGGACCUCGGAGAUGAAGAGAGCUCCCCGUGGGGAGAUGUGCCCUCGCGGUCGAGCCCUGCGCCGAGUGCUUCCAAGGUAGAGCAGAACGACACGCUCGAUACCAACUCUCCCACUCCCUCUGCCAAGCCAGCUGCAGACUCUGCUCCUACCGCCGCCUCUGCUCCGCGCUCACCCGCAGGACGCGGUCCCCGACGGCGGCAGUAUGGCCUGCAGUCGACCAAACUCGAGGCUGUCGAUGAUCCGUUGGGCCCUCUAGGGGCUCCCUCGCCCACGACAGGCACCGAGACUGCCCCUCCUGCACCGCCUCAGAAAGAAGCUGCUGCAUCGCGCACCACUCGACCCGCCCCGGGCGGCGCCUCUACGCCUUCGCUAGGCGGCAUGAUGGACUCCGUCGACCUCGACGACGACAACGACGAGCAGCCACCCUCCUCUCAUGGAGCCAGAAUACCGCCUCCAGUCCAGGCGCCGCCUAAUACCGCGCCCCAGCGCCAGACACAGCCCAGCGUCAGCGUUGAGCAGGCCGCGAAGCCCUCCUUUGCCAUUUCUGUAGGCGACCCUCAUAAAGUCGGUGACCUCACGAGCUCGCACACAGAAUACUCCGUCACUACCAAGACGACGUCCAAGGGCUACCGCAACCCCGAGUUUACCGUCUCGCGCCGUUACCGUGAUUUCCUUUGGCUGUACACACAACUGCACAACAACAACCCCGGAGUCAUUAUUCCUCCACCGCCAGAGAAACAGGCCGUCGGCCGCUUCCAAGCUGACUUUGUAGAGUCGCGACGCUCUGCUCUGGAGCGUAUGCUUAAUAAGGCGGCUGCUCAUCCAGUGUUGCAACACGACAGUGACUUGAAGCUGUUCCUUGAAAGCGAUGCCUUCAACAUGGAUAUCAAGAACAAGGAGCGCAAGGAUCCCGGUCUAAGUGAGAGCAAAGGCAUGUUUGGCUCCAUGCUCUCUGGUAGCAGCGGUAAAUUUGUCGAACAUGAUGACUGGUUCCAUGACCGGCGUAUCUAUCUCGAUGCUCUUGAAGCGCAGCUAAAGGCUCUUCUCAAGGCUACCGAUGGUGUGGUUACACAACGGAAAGGUCUAGCUGAAGCUUGUGGGGACUUCUCGGCUUCCCUACAUUCUCUAUCCGCUGUCGAGUUAUCACCAUCUUUAUCUGGACCGCUUGAUAGUCUGUCCGACAUCCAGAUUCGCAUCCGUGAACUCUACGAGCGCCAGGCCCAGCAAGACAUACUCACCAUGGGCAUCGUGAUAGACGAGUACAUUCGGUUGAUAGGGUCCGUGAAAACCGCGUUUCAGCAGCGACAAAAGGCCUAUCAUUCCUGGCAUUCUGCCGAACAGGAAUUACAGAAGCGGAAAACGAACCAGGACAAACUUUUGAGACAAGGCAGAUCACAGCAAGACCGCCUAAACCAACUCAGUGCCGACGUUGCAGACGCCGAGCGCAAGGUUCAUCAAGCAAGGUUGCUCUUUGAUGAUAUGGGCCGACUGAUGCGCAGCGAACUAGAACGUUUUGAGAGGGAGAAGGUUGAAGACUUCAAGUCAGGCGUAGAAACGUUCCUGGAAAGUGCUGUAGAAGCACAAAAAGAACUUAUUGAGAUUUGGGAGACUUUCUUGAUGCAAUUAGACACGGAUGAAGGCGAUACUUUCGUCCCUCCUGCCGGUGUAGUUGCUUCAUCGAACGUCGAACAGACAAGUCACAGCUCCACCAACAAUCAAGAGUCAGAGAGACUAGAAGCAGGCAAGGAAGAUCUCGCCAACUGGGAGCUCGUGACACGCCCUUUGAGUAGGAAGAGUCAAUUGGACAUGCGGGGUGACCCCGACAGUUGCGGUGUGUGGGCCCCUUGCCUUACACAUGACGGCAGCAAGUUCUGGCUGGUGUACACCGAUGUCAAACGCAAGGAUGGCUCGUUCAAGGAUACGCCCAACUAUAUCGUCACUGCUGAUCGCAUCGAGGGUCCGUGGUCUGACCCCGUUUACAUCAACUCCUCGGGAUUCGAUCCAUCUCUGUUCCACGAUGACGAUGGCAAGAAGUGGCUGCAGCAAUACGAUGCUGAAGCGAAAAAGCUUGUUGGCCCAUGCAAGACUAUCUUCCCUGGUACUGAAUUGGCUCUUGUGGAAGGCCCCCAUCUGUACAAGCGGAACGAAUGGUACUACUUGUUGACUGCUGAAGGUGGGACAGCAUAUGAGCAUGCCUGCACAUUGGCUCGAUCCCGCGAUAUUUGGGGUCCAUACGAACUUCAUCCUCAAAAGUACAUACUCACUUCCAAAGACGCACCACUAGCGUCUUUGCAAAGGGCAGGUCAUGGAGAUUUGGUCGACACUCCAGAAGGCAAGACGUACCUUGUCCAUUUGGCCGGUCGUCCAACAACCCAAGCCCGUCGUUGCGUUCUUGGGCGUGAGUGUGCGAUUCAAGAGGCAUACUGGGACAAGGAUGACUGGCUGUAUGUCAAGAACGGACCCGUUCCGUCUCUCCAUGUCGAACUGCCAGCACAGCGCGACGACAGCUCCUACUGGUCUGAGCAGCGCUACCUCUUCGAUGGUAGCGACAGUCUCCACAAGGACUUUCAGUGGCUCCGUACACCAGAACCAGAACGUAUCUUUAGCAUCAAGAAUGGCCUGCACCUCGUUGGACGCGAGUCGAUCGGGUCCUGGUUCGAGCAAGCUCUCGUUGCACGCCGCCAAACGCAUUUCUCAUACGAUGCCGAAACAGUCGUCAGCUUCAGCCCAGACGACGAACGCACAUAUGCAGGUCUAACUGCUUACUAUUGUCGAUACAACUUCUUCUAUCUGACCGUCACUGCCGACUCUGACGGUCAGCGCGAACUGCUCAUCCUAAGCUCGGAAGCUUCAUGGCCGGACGGAAAUUUGAAACUUCCACUCGCAGAUCCGGUGCCACUUCCACAAGAGGGCAAGGUUAGAUUGGCGCUGAGUAUUCGGGGGAAAAAACUCCAAUUUCGCUACGCGCUGGAGGGACAGUCGGGUCUGACGGACAUUGGACCCGUCUACGAUGCUUCCAUCUUGAGUGACGAGUGUGGCGGUCAUCAAGCACACGGAAGUUUUACUGGCGCAUUCGUGGGCAUGGCAGCAUCUGAUAUCAACGGCACAGAGAAGGUAGCGUCAUUCGACUACUUUCUAUACACACCUGUAAAGCAUAGUACGGACCGCUACGAUAUGUGA